GGAAAAGAGCAUACAUGUAAGACACUUCAGACAGGCCACAGUAUGACCUACUCCAAAUCGUCGUAGUGAAACAACUAUAAUACCAAUAGACUAGAACUUACGAUAUACCUUCAAGUCUUAAUGUCGUUUUCCUUCCACACUGCGCUUAUUGACGAAUAACUCAGGCUUGAAAAUUACGAGCAUACUGGCCAAUUACUUUCAGCUCAUUUAGAAUUUCAACUUAAGGAUAUACUAACAAUUUGUAAAAUUGUGCCUAUAAAGGUCACGAUUCAUUAAAGGCAAGAUCAAUCCAAACUUCAUUUUCUAUCGCCGAUUUACGAGCAUCCUAUAGUAUUACAACGCUUGAUGAAGACCGAGUCUGUUUCAAAAUGUCUUUUUCUUUAUAUGAAGGAAUAGAUUCAAAGUCACUCGAUGAGAUUACAGAAGAGAGUACCAAGGCCAAAGAAAAGGGAAAUAAUUUCGACCAAUAUGAAGCAUCAACUCCCUUGGAUAUAAAGGAAUCAAAUCCAUCUUCUGUUAAACCUAUUUACAGCCCAUCUUCUUUACAUUUUAUGCCUAUGAUGAGGCGGAAUAAACCAAAUAAGAAAAAGCAACUCAAGAGGCCAUGGAAUACGGCAUUUUCUCCAACCCUUAAAUCAAAUGACAAUGCUCCUGCUGCUUCUUUGAAUGAUAUUUCACCAAGUGCAGUUACUCCCUCCAAUUUUCCGGUUGAGUCUAUAGAGAAAACACAGUCAUCUUUUGGAUUGAAUGAUGAUACUUUAAUUUCUUCUUUCGAGGUAGAGAAAGUAUGGUCUGAGCUGUAUAACCCGCUUACCCCGACUAAUUAUGAGGAUUACCAACAUUCUGAGUUCGGAAAAGCUCUUGAAUAUGAAUGGAACUUACAUAUUACGCAAAGUCCUUCCCUGGCUUUAGAGGCUAGGAACGCAGGACUAGCUCAGUCUUCCAAAUCUGGAAUUGGUCCUCCUCCGGCCCUUUUACAGGACGCGACUAUAAGCAAUCCAAUUUACUCUGAUCCUUCGUUGUCUAAAUUAAAUCAAAAUUUAGACUCUCCGCUAGAUCUACCUAAAUUUAAACCAAUGAAAAAUUAUGGAAAGCACCUACUGCGGAAAUUUGGUUGGAAUGAAGGACAAGGUCUCGGUCAAUCAAAUCAGGGAAUUCUCAACCCAUUACAAGCUAAUACUUUUAAUAAAUUUGAAGAUGCUGGAGGUCACAAGGACGAUAGCUAAAAAGGCGUUGAGAUAUAUAUAUACUUUAUUUCGCAACUUUCAACUUUCUGAAGGCUUUAUCCUGAUUCUUAAUUCAAUGAUAUAGCAGUUUUAACUGCUUUAUUUGGGUUUUCAGUGAUUUUUUAAGAUCAAACUUGGAAUAACCUCUUUUAGGGCGCACAAAGAGCUCACUCUUCUUUGUCACUUUUUGAAUCUGAUUUGAUGAAUAUUUGGAUUGAAAGGUUGACGUGCAGGGACAGAUAUUUUACCUAUCAAAGAUGUUGCUUCUUCCAUCCUUUGAUUUGCGUAAUCUGCACAUUUAGAUUGAAUUCUCUUUAAGAGAUCAAGCAAUCGGUUUCCAAAAUUAAUUCCAAUUUCAAUUUCGUUUAGGACUUCCCAAUAAAGCUGAUAGGUUUCAUUUAAUUCUUGUAAUAGAUGCUUUAUGGAUUGGUUGCUCUGUCUUUCAUUGUAUGAGUCGACUAAAGUGUCAACUAAUUUGCUCAUCUCGUCAAACAGUUUGUUUUGUGUCCACUUUUUUUCUUUUAGGUUCCAAAGAUUAUCAAGUUGUUUUUCAAACUUAGAUAUCAGAACCCUUGGAUCGGCAGCUUUUGAAGAAGUCAACUCAAAAAAGUAUUGCGGUUCAAUUUUGUACGAACGAAUUAGCGAUCUUUUAUCUUUUAAAUCUUCCCAGCUUUGGAAGUGAUUUUUCAAGGUUGAUAAAAGACUCCUUUCGAGGGAGCUCAAUGACUUGUCUAUCGGUGAAAGUUCGGUAAUAAGUAGUUCAGGUUUAGUUGUAAUGUAAACUGGAUUAAUCUUUUCAAAAAGUUUUUUAGUAUCGUUUAUUGUAUUUUCCAUAUUUAUGAGAUUGAUUCUCAAUGAAUCCAACUCAUCUUUUAACUCUUUCGAUGCAAUUUCGCUCGGCACUCUUCUCCAUCUAUCGGUCCCGUA